UUGAUCUCUCUUUUCUGGGCUUCCUCUGCAUUUGGAGCCACCAAGAUACAUCCAUCUGAAAUGGAAGCUCUGAAAGACAUAGCUAAGACGCUGGGAAAGAAACAUUGGAGCUUCGAUGUAGAUCCAUGCGACACUUCUGGUCCUGCCUUCAAUCAAACCAACUGGUUUACGGCGUACCCAGUGGACACAGAAAGUCAAAACGCUGUCGUUUGCGAUUGCACCAUUGCCCCUGGUGACGGCUUUUGUCAUGUUGUCAACAUAACUCUGAAGAAACAAAGUCUGCGGGGCAAACUCCCGCCAGAACUUGUCAGAUUACCUUACCUUUCCGUAAUCGACCUGAGCCGCAACUACCUUAGCGGUUCAAUCCCUUUAAGUUGGGCCUCCCUUAAUCUUCGGCACAUUUCUCUUCUUGGUAAUCGACUAACGGGUGAAAUCCCAGUGGAGCUUACGAAGAUCACUACUCUGCAACGUCUGGUCCUCGAGUUCAAUCAAUUUUCUGGGAAUCUUCCUCCUGAGCUUGGCAAUCUUCUCCAAAUUGAAGGACUGGUUCUUACCUCCAACAAUUUCACUGGAGACAUACCUCCAACUUUCGCAAAGCUUACUAAUUUGACGGAUAUUCGACUAGGCGACAAUGGAUUCUCAGGAAAGAUACCUAACUUUAUUCAGAACUGGAAAAGUCUUGAGAAAAUAAUGGUUCAUGGGACUGGUUUGAGUGGACCGAUUUCUGGAAUUUCAUUUCCUGAAAACUUAGAGGACUUGAGGAUAAGUGACUUGAAUGGACCUGAGUCAACUUUUCCUGCGCUCAGUAGCUUGAUAAAAUUGAAAACAUUGAUAUUGAGGGGUUGCAAUAUCAAUGGACAAAUACCUACCUAUCUUUGGAGAAUGGGAAAUUUAAAAACCUUAGACCUGAGCUUUAACAAAUUGCAAGGAAAAAUUCCAGAUGAGUUUGCUCACCUGACAAAAUUGGAGUACAUGUAUUUAACUGGAAACCUUCUUGAGGACCUUUGCCCAAGUUCAAAGUUGAAUUCAUCCAUCACACUAGUAGGAGUGAAAGAAACAGUUACACCAGCAACCCACUGCAAAAUAGAUGCAAAACAGUAG